CUCCAGAAGCGAGAUAUUCCCCUCGUGCGUAUUCAGUGGGAUCGCCACGGAGCUACUUGGGAGGAGGAAUCCGAUAUUCGCGCUCGUUUUUCAGACUUUCAGUUUUGAUGUACAUAUUUCUUAUCCUAUGUACAUAGUUCAUGUAUAUCAGUUAUAUUUUGAAUUCCCAAGGAUGGAAAUUUU